GGAUGUCAGGACCACGAGUGCCAAGAUGGCGACAAGUCCGCAUCAAGAAACUGUGCCCAAGUCUGGAGCGCACCUUAUCCGCACUGGCAUUUUAACAGUGAGUGACAGCUGUUUCCAAGGCUUGGCAACUGACCACAGUGGGGAAAACAUCAAAAGACUUUUGGAGUCAGGGGAAUUGUUUACGACACAGGUGACAGUAAAAGACAUUGUACCAGAUGAUUUUCAGGAGAUAAAGAAUAAACUGUGUGUGUGGAGUGACAACCUGAAGCUGGAUGUAAUUCUGACAACAGGUGGGACUGGCUUCUCACACCGCGAUGUUACACCAGAGGCAACUAAGAGUGUUUUGGAGAGGGAGGCCAUAGGAAUGGUUGUUGCCAUGUUGACAUCCUCCCUCGGCAUCACACCCCUAGCCAUGCUUUCGAGACCUUGCUGUGGAACCAGAGGCCAUACUUUGAUUAUAAACUUACCAGGAAGUGCAAAAGGAUCAGAGGAGUGUUUAAGGGUAGUAAGCAAAGCCAUUCACCAUGCUGUCGACUUGCUCAGAGGGUUUCAUGGAAGUAUACAAAAAGUACAUCAAGCUCUACAGGAACAGCAAGUCGUGCAUCAGCACUCUCAUGAGCACAAGCACCACCACCAUCUUCUGCCCCGUCGCCAUGCCCAGCAGGGUAGCCAAGGGCCUUACCCACCUGAAGGGCAAGUAAAAGGAGGCAACCACCAUCAUGGUCACUUACAAGAACACAGUCAUAGCAACCACAGUGAGGUAUCAACAAGAGACGUUGCCAAAAGAGCCAGGGAAUCACCUUAUCCAAUGGUCACUGUAGAUCAAGCAGUAGCCAUGGUACUUGGUGUAACUCCAGUGUUAGAGGCCAUCACUGUGACUAUAGCAGAUGCACUUGGAUUGUACCUGGCAGAAGAUGUGUAUGCAAAGGAUCCUUUACCUCCUUUCCCAGCUUCCAUCAAAGAUGGCUAUGCUGUGGUUGCUGCUGAUGGUGCAGGACUUAGAAAAGUCAUUGGGGAAAGCUCAGCAGGAGACGUGCCGGGUAGGAGGGUGAUGAGCGGCGGGUGCGUGCGCAUCAACACGGGUGCUGCUGUGCCCCCGGGUGCCGACGCCGUGGUGCAGGUGGAGGACACCAGGCUGGAGAAGGAAGAAGAGUUGACCGGCGAGGAACUGGAGAUCAGCAUCCUUACCACCCCGACACCCGGCCAGGACAUCAGACCCGUUGGUUCGGAUAUUGCGGCUGGGGAACACGUCCUCCACAAAGGACAACAUUUAGGUCCUGCAGAGUUGGGACUGCUGGCAACAGUUGGCGUGACGUCAGUAUUGUGCUACCGGAAACCAGUCGUGGCUGUCAUGUCCACCGGCAACGAGCUGAUAGAGCCCGGGGAACCGCUGCGGGCGGGCAAGAUCAGGGACAGCAACCGCACAGCCCUGAUAGCGCAGUUGAAAGAGGCUGGCGUCGCCGCCGUGGACCUCGGAGUGGCCCCUGAUAACCCAGAUGCCUUGCUGCAGGUGUUGAGGCGAGCCUUGAAUAAGGCCGACAUGGUUGUCACAUCCGGCGGUGUGUCUAUGGGCGAUAAGGAUUACUUGAAACAAGUUCUGGAAACUGAUCUGAAAGCGAAAAUUCAUUUUGCUCGGGUGUUCAUGAAACCUGGGAAACCCACAACUUUUGCCUCACUUGACCACGAGGGCUUGACCAGACUUGUGCUGGGUUUGCCUGGAAAUCCCGUGUCGGCGUUGGUCACUUGUAACUUAUAUGUACUUCCAGCCAUCAGACGCAUGAUGGGAUGCUCAACUCCAGAGCUUCCGGUUAUCCGUGUCAAGCUGGAUCGAGCGGUGAGGCUGGACCCCAGACCCGAAUACCAUCGAGCCGUCGCCUCGUGGCUGAAGGGCGAUGACGUGGCCACGGCCAGCAGCACGGGCAACCAGAUCAGCAGCCGCCUGCUGAGUGUCAAGGAGGCCAACGUCCUGCUGCGCCUACCCCCCAAGUCACAAGUCACUGCCAUCCAGGAGGGGGAGGUGGUCGACGCCAUUGUCAUCGGGAAAUUUUAAACUCGUUUUUCAAAUGUGGCACGUCAAGUGCGAAUAAUGGGUAUUUAUUUUUUCAAUCGCUAAGUUGACAAUAAAAUGCUGAAAGGUAUAAUUUGUAAUCAGGGAAACGAAUCUGAAAAGAUUUUUUUAAAAUUGAAGUUUACUAUAGAGUAUAGACUAAUCUUUGAAUACGACUUUUGUUGUUUUUUUUUGUUUUGUUUUUGUUUUUGUUUUGUCGUUUGCUGAUUUUUUAAAAACUGUAAAACAUAUUGGUUAAUGCGAUUUUUGAUUUUUAAAGACUUUCCUGGGAUAUUUAUAUAUACAAUGAAACCUCGGUUUUCGUCAAUAAUCCGUCCGCAAAAAAUCAGCGAAAUCCGAAACCGACGAAAACCGAGGGAAUUUUUUCCACACGAAUCAAUAUUACUCCAAUUAAUUAAUUUUUAUGGUACAUGGGUUGCGUUCAUUUUGAAACUGAAAAACGCAAAAUAAACAUUACACCGAAUACCGUAUACAUAGUAAUCACUUAUAAUUACUUAUAAUUGUAGUAUUAGCACUUGCAGUCAAUAUAAAAAAAGCACAAAACACUGGGAACCAAUGGAAUCGUUUGGCUAGACGCGGGGUGAUGCUCACACAACGAGAAACAACGCCUCACUGAGCAAGGAGAACGCGUGGGUCGCCCUUUGUUUUUCACAAAAUUAUCAGCGAGGUCACGUGGUCACCCCGAUGAAAUACGAGGUAAUCGACGAUGUCAACGAAAACCGAGGCUUCACUGUAUACAUACACUUGCAUGGGAUCUACACGAUGCAAAUGUUAGUGGAAGGGAUUACUUCCAGACAGCCCCAUGUCAUGAGGACGGGUCAGGUCUACCCUUGUCAUCUUCAUCAUGUUAUCGUCCCUGUCACCAGCAGGCUCUUUUUCUGCUCCUGUCCUCACCGCUACAUCGCCUCGCAGUCUUCCACACAUCCUCCCAACAGGUUAUCCGUUGUUUUGGACUUGAGCUUUACUGAUUUUGGGCUGGUUUCUCGCAUUUUGGUGCAGGAAGUUGCGAAUAGCUUACUCUGGGUAAAAGAUCUGAGCACUUCCGGGUUAGUACAAUGUAGAUAGAUACCGGGUUGUUAAUGAGGUAUUUUAUCUACUGUGGUUGUGGUAGGAAAUCUGUACAACGAAAAUUUCGCCGACAAGGUUGUGGAGAGCUGUUAUUGCUGUUUGCGCAUUAUAAAAUUAUACAGGUAUGAAUACUAAAAUUUUUGUUGAGUAUAAUAAAUAUAUUGCAACUUGG